CUAACAGCAGAUCAUAUCUGUUCAAAGUCAGCUGACAGUUGUGUGAUGCUAGCAUGUUAGCUUCUGAGCUAGCGAGCUCAGAUUUAGUGUUUAUCGAAACCGCUGCUCUCGACCAGUUGUUUUUUUCUGUUUGACCUGGACAUCGAUUAUGUGACGAAAGCGAACAGGUUGAUUAGAAACUAGCGGACGCUGUCGAACUUAAAGGGGUUUUGUUUCUAGCCGAAGCGCGAGCGACCACCCGGCGGCUAGCUCACCAACGGGCGUCUUCAUGGAGAGCUUUGACGCGUUGGCUAAGCUUAAGAGUGGGAGACUCCGUCAUGUGAACACUCUGUAGGCCGGCGGCUCGGGCGGAGGUCAGUGGUCAUUACAUGGCAACCACUGAGCAGGGCAAUGGACUCGCCCCGCGGGGCACCAAGGAGAAGCUGACAGGCGACCGGAAAAGAUCCGACCCGGAGAUGAACGGCGGUGUCCCCGGGGAGAAACCGGUGGACAAGUACGGCUUCACAGGAGGAGCCCAGCAGCACUGCGGAGAGUCUGCUGAAGAAAUCCCCAUUGAGGUGCUGAGGCAACGCGAGGCAAAAUGGCUGGAGAUGCUCAACAGCUGGGACAAGUGGAUGGCCAAAAAACACAAGAAGAUGAAGGAGCGCUGUCAGAAGGGGGUCCCUCCAUCCCUGCGUGGCCGGGCUUGGCUCUACCUCACUGGGGGCAAAGUGAGACGGGAGCAAAACCAGGGCAAAUUCCAGGAACUGGACAAUCAGCCAGGAGAUCCUAAAUGGGUAGAUAUUAUUGAGAGGGACCUCCAUCGACAGUUCCCCUUCCAUGAAAUGUUUGCAGCGAGAGGAGGUCAUGGGCAGCAAGACCUGCUCCGCGUGUUGAAGGCUUAUACUCUGCAUCGCCCUGAAGAGGGUUACUGUCAGGCUCAGGCUCCCAUCGCUGCUGUACUCCUCAUGCAUAUGCCAGCAGAGGAUGCAUUCUGGGUUCUUGUCCAGAUUUGUGAGAAAUACCUUCCUGGAUACUACAGUGCAGGGCUGGAGGCGAUCCAGCUGGACGGGGAGAUCCUGUACGCCCUGCUGCGGCGGGUGUCUCCUGUGGCCCACCGUCACCUGAAGAAGCACAAGCUGGAGCCCAUCCUGUACAUGACCGAGUGGUUCAUGUGCGCCUUCUCUCGAACUCUGCCGUGGGCCUCGGUGCUUCGGGUCUGGGACAUGUUCCUUUGUGAGGGAGUAAAAAUAAUUUUUCGAGUGGGCCUGGUCCUCCUAAAGUCCAUGUUGGGAUCCCAAGAGAAACUGAAGGCCUGUCAAGGUCUCUAUGAAACAAUGGAGCUGCUCCGAGCUAUACGGCCACAGUAUAUGGAAGAAGCCUUCCUGGUGGAGGAGAUUAUUGAGUUAAUGGUGUCUGAGAAAGACAUAGAAAAGGAGCACCAUGCUCAGCUUCGGCACUGGAAGGAGACUCAUGGAGAUCUACACUGCAAGUCCCCUCCCAGGGUCCACGGCGCGAAGGCCAUCAUGGCUGCCGAGCCGCCCAGUCGGCAGGACCUGAGACAGAGGCCUACCUUCAUUGUAGAGUCUCCUUUGGCACCCCAGACCGAUAGGGUGAGAGCAGAGGCCUCCAAGGAGAAUGGAAAGAGUAAAGCGGAACAACAGAAAACAAUCAAACCGCCACAGGAGACUGCUAAUCCUUACUUUCCUCCCGGUGACCCCUCACCUUUCCUCAAUCACAUGACUGUAAAAGCGUCCAAAGAGAGUCUGAGCAGUGCAGAGCAUGACACGUACCUGUAGCAGGGUAAGUGUCGCCAGUUUAUUAACAUAAACCAUUCUACACGGCCUUUACUAACUUACUCAUCAGUUUUCAAUCAAAUGUAUCCCACCACAGUGAAAGACGAACCUUUCCAUGAUUGACUGACUGUCUGUGGCAGUCGUGACUGUGACAGGUCUUUAGAAAAAAGAAAAAAAGACAUUGCUCAGAUUACUAAGCAGUCUCUGUAUUACUCAACCCAUGUUUGGGUGUGAUUUCAUGUAUACAGGUUUUCUAUUUACUCUGCUUUUCGCUACAGUCGUAGACAUUGAGCAUUAAAGUAUAUGGAACUCAUAAAUGACUGAACAUGUGGGCAUUUACACUUACUAACUCAGCCACUGCUGCUAAUGACCUUUUUAAAUUGACCUCCUAGAUUCUUUCCUUUGUUAUAAAUGAAGUCUGAUUUUGUCUCAGUGGAUGAGAUCUUUUCUCGAGCACUUUACCUUUUUAUAGUCUUCCUCUUUGGUAGUCGCUACGUUGCCAAUGCCAACGCAGAGAUUUAUAUUUGUCCUGCUUUGAUAGACUCGCACUAAGACACACAGUUUAUCCGUCGGUCUCUUUAGACUCUUAUGCUGCAUCCAGUUUGUCUUUGCUGGUGUUGAACACUAGAGGGCGCUCUGAGAUUAUCUCACAGCCGUCUUUGUAAAGAGUGAACACUAACACAAUGAAGGAAGAAGUGUGAAGGGACUUUUUGUACCACUAAGCCAAAGAUUUGUAAUGCAUAUUUUUACAAUAUAUUUUGUCCAAGUUGUUUGUGAUAUCAUAUUGUGAUACAGUACCGGAUGAUUAGGAGAGAAUCAGGUUUAUGUUUAUGUUGUGAAUGAGAAAUGAUAAAAUGCCAUUUUGAAGAACGCCAA